AUGGCUACCCCCCAAUCGACAACGUCCCUCCAGGGCGAAUCCGAGGACAAGAAGCUCGAGCAAAUCACCUUUCGCUUCUGCUCCGAGUGCUCCAACAUGCUGUACCCCAAGGAGGACGAGGAGGCUCACAAGCUGCAGUUUACGUGCCGCACGUGCCAGUACACAGAGGAUGCCCGCUCGACGUGCGUCUUCCGCAACAUCCUCAACAACUCGGCCGGCGAGACGGCAGGCGUCACCCAGGACGUCGGCUCCGAUCCUACGCUUCCUCGAUCCAACAAGACCUGCCCUCGCUGCAACCACGAAGAGGCCGUCUUCUUCCAGUCGCAGCAGCGAAGCGCCGAGACUGGCAUGAAACUGUUCUACGUGUGCUGCCUCUGCGGUCACAUUUUCUCUUGA